AUGUGGCAGGAGGCAAGGAAGCAUGAAAGGCACAUCCGGUCCGUUCUGGUUGAUUACCGAAAACGAGCUGAGCGGCGGUUGAAUUUUUACUCCCAAAUCCGUCAAGAUCCAAUCAAGUUUCUCCGAGUUUAUGGUACACAAGCGAAAAUCAAUCUCGAUGUAGAGGUCCGAAAAGCUGCAGAGAAUCCGAAAAACAUGUGGGUGUGCCCUUUGAUGCCUUGGACGGCUGAUCCAUCCGUUUUGAUCGACCGUUUUGAUGCUAGAGCGAAUCUCGAAACUUAUUCAUCGACAAAGCCUACUAACAUUAAGCGGACCACAGAGGAGAAAAUCGAAGAACGUCUGUGCAACUACGAGCGCUACAGAUGUCUUGCGCAUAAUGACUUUCUUGGAGUUACUGAGUCGAUGGCUCUCAAGCAGAUUGAAAGAGAAGAGAAAUACGGUGACACAUUGACAAAGAAACACGAAGAAGAUUCCAAGGAUAAAAAGUCGCUGGAACCCAAGGCAGCCAUCGGAUUUGUAUACGACGAAGGAGAAGUCGUCGCUGGAAAAUCGGGACUGCCCUUGCAGACGAAGAAACCUAACACCGGUUCAGAUUCUGAGCCCUCAGACGUGGAUAGCGAUGCAGAUAUUGAUGUGGAGCUCGACCUGGACAGUUUGGAUGCAGAGCAGCGACAGGAAUUGAUCGAACACUCCCACGCCUAUGGCAUGAAACGCUCCGAUUUCAUUCGUCUCCUCGAUGCCGACCAAAUACUUGAAACGGAGCUUCGGAUGGCUAAAAUACUGGAGGAGGAGAAGUCGCAGCAU